CACCGCAGAUCCAUCCACAGGGGGGGGGGCCUCCCUCCCUGGUACGUAUAUAAUAUUUUACAAAAAAACGCACCAAGAACACAGACCUUCACGUAAAAAGAGACAUGCAGAAGCUGAAACAAUGAUCAAGUUCCUGUUGAAGCACAUCAUGUGACUUCAUGAAUCAAAGGGUAGUAGGUCCCCUAUGUAUUUGUAUUUUCUAAAAAAACGUGCCAAGUGUAUCUUCAAUGAGAAUCGUUGCUCAAAGAAAGACUUUGUUAGUCAUAGGAAGUUUGGUCCCGCGUCCUCCUCCCACGAUUCGGCUGGCCUGCUCAGGAGUCGCGUUUUCACUCCUAGCCGUCCUACUUGCAUUCUCGGCUCGAGCAGUACAGUCGAACAACAGUCCUUCUACAUGCUUGGCAUGAGAUGAUGAGCGUCAGUCGCCCUUUAUGUUAUCCAAGUACGACCAUCCCGCCAGGAGAUGUACAACAAGAAGACUCUGACUCAGAUGCAACCAAGUCGCCAGGAGGUGAAGAUGAUCAUCUGGAUGAUGGUACUAACUGACUGUAAUGAAGACGACAGCUCCGGUGUAGCUAGUCAUCAAAAAAAAAUUAAGAUCGCCUCGUAUGUGAAGAUCCUGUCUGAGACUGCUAAAGGC